CCGAGUGACCUCAGCACCAAUGCACGCUUGUACAUACCGGUUUUUAUGUAAAGCAGCCUGUGGUCAGGAGCUCAAAAUUUAAAACCAGACAAGUAAUUUUAUUAACUGUAAAACCGUUUAAAUAAUAGUUGCUGUCCUAGUAUCAUCAUACUCACUGGGAACAGAUCUGUCAUGGCUGGAAUCGCAGAGCUGUCCCCGGACGCGGGCCCUAUAGAGACACGGCCCCCUGAAGACGAGAUUGAAGGAGAUGAUGAGGACGAAGACCUGGAUGAGACGUUGUUGGAGAGGCUAUGGGGACUCACAGAGAUGUUUCCGGAUAGACUGCGUUCAGCUGCUGAAGUAUCAGCACAAUGCUCACUCUCUGUGGCUAAAAAGCUUUACGGUUUUUCGCGCUCAGCACUGUGGGUUGGCACCACGUCCUUUAUGAUCCUUGUGCUACCUGUUGUAUUUGAAACGGAAAGACUACAGCUAGAACAGCAACAACUUCAACAGCAAAGACAGAUUUUAUUGGGACCUAAUGCUGGGAUGUCUGGUGGAAUGCCUGGAAUGAUGCCCCCAGCUCCUGGAAAGAUGUGAGAAAUUGACUCCCGUGACAGUCCUGAGGUGCGAUACAUGAAAGGUAGAGAAGACCUGAGAAGAGUGAGAGAGGGGGGCGGGGCUGAGAACUGACAGGGAGGAAAAGGAGAGGCUGCAGCUGGUCAGCGCACAAACUCAUUCCAUCACCAUGGUUCUGCAUAAGGGGGAGUAGAGUGAAUGUCCUCUUCAUAGAAUGUUAAGAUGAACUUCCCUCUCACUGCCUCUCUCAUACAUAAUCCUGCAUAGACGGACCUCUUAGCACUGAUCUUUUACUUUUUUUUUUUUUUUUUUUUCAAGUUAUAUAAACACACUUUUGUUGUUGGAUAGAGAGUGACUACAGUGGUUGUUGGUGGGAGCAUUUGACUUGUGUUCAUUGCUGGGAUUUUGCCGUACACUAUCUUGCUGAAUCUGAUUGGAAUUUUGGUAUGUCGUAUCAUAAUUUUUAAAUCACCUUAGGUUUUUGCGAUUACAUAAAUACAAGUUUGCAUUCAUUGCUGAUCCAGGAGGUCCAGAUUUAAAUGGUGUCUUUUGUUUACUUUAAAACAAUGUUCAUGUCUUAGUUAUCGUGAGGCUCCCCUUUAUCAACAAUUUCUUCUUCUUCUUUUUUUUUUUUAAAUAGAUUUUGUGCUAAGAACAUAUAGAUCAACAGCCAAUGCUGUGACUCCUAAGACGAAGCCAUAGAGUGUGAACCAUGAUCAUGAAGUGUACCCCAUGGUCAGUUUUGAAAUGGAUGGUUUUUGUAAUGUCCCCUAAAGCUUAACCGUUUUGUUACCAUUUGUUUGUCUCACUAUGAACAAGUAAGCAUAAUAUACCAUGAAAUGGUCAGAUGUAAAUGUGGCAGACAUUUCCAGUACCAUCCUCAUUAAGCUGUACAUCAAAAAUGGACAUUUCAUAGUCUUUUACUUUGAUGUCAAUGCUCUGUUACUUUUCUGUGUGGUCACUGUGUAGCAUCUAAAUCUCUUACUGAUGUUCCUCCCUGAGCAAAGUCUGUGUGUUUUUGACAUGACUGCAGGAAUAAAAAUGUAAAAUGA